GGGUAGACACUUCUCAUACAAAAACUAGUCUCUAUAUGUAGCAAUUGAUAUACAACCUUACCCCUUAAGUAAUAAAGUGCAUUUUGGAUUGAUUUCACUAUAGCAGGGGAACCCGCGGAUCAAUACCACCAUACUAAAAAUAAUUGUUAGUGUCCUUAUGUUGGUAGUAUUGUUAGUUUGACAAAUGAAAAAAAAUGUCUGUCAAUUGAGUUUGAGUUUUUAACCGGCGAAUUGAUUCGUGUGAAGUUAUUUUCUCAGAUUUGGUGCAAUAUUACUGUAAAUAAACUUUUCUGUCGUUUACGUUGAGUUGAUUAAGUUCCUCCGUAUCGGGCGUGAUAAAGUUUGCUGUUCAGUGUUAUGUUUUUUGUGAGAUAGAGACUCUUUUAAAUAAGCUGUGUUUCAACUUCUACAGAAGUUUAAACUCUUAUUUACUUUUCUGUUUAAUGGGUAUGUUAUCUACUUACUUGAAAUAUUAGAUCUAUUACAAAUCUAUUAUUCAUUAAAAACAACCCUAUGUGAUGAAAAUGUAAAUGUACUUUCAAAACUGGUAAAUGCAUGAACCAGGGCAUUGACACUGGUUGGAGAGAAAUUAUAGGCUUUGUUUAAUUAAUACCUAUUUCAUUUUAGGCUUCUACUGAUAAUGGAGAGUAGAAACAACAAGAAGUGCGUUAUUUGUAAUAAGAGGCGAAGUCGUGGUGGAUCACCCUUACUUUUGAGUAGGUUUCCUCUGGAUUCUGACCGUUGUCGAAUGUGGGUUAAAAAUGCUGGCAUAGAAGACUUAGCAUAUGUACCUAUUGAAAAGUUACACCAACUGAAGUUUGUUUGUGGUGGGCACUUCACUCCUGAAUCCUUCAAUGCCAAAGGAACUCGGCUGAAGAACUCAGCUAUUCCAACACUGGAAUUGAGCAAUCCCAUCUUGCCAGAUGAAGUUUUGACAGAGUUUCCUCUUCAUGUAAAAGACUCCAAUAAAGAAAACCUCAAGACAGUUCUUUAUGAUCAUUCAUAUUGCAUUCCAAAGAAGUCAAAUCCAGUUGAACGAGUUCCCCUUACAACUACAACCAAACAACUAAAUUCAACAUGUUUGGGAGCUGUGGAUAUACCAGAUUCUGGUAUUUCUGCGAAAACAACUUUUGAACCUCUUCCUUCUACUUCCAAUGCACCAGAACAUAUGACCUAUAAACCCAUUACUCAUGAUGAUAAAAACAUUUGCCAUCAAGAUGCACAGGCAGAAAUAUUAGUCCACAGUUAUAAAAGACCUAAGAAAAACAUUGAAAUGAAAGACACUUCAUCAACAUUUACAAUUAAAGAGAAGAGGCUUUGGCGACAGUUACAAAAUGCAAAAAAAAACAAUAAGGAAUAUAGCGAAGUCAAGAGUGAAUUUAGACAAGUUAGAUUCGGAAGUGCUGACAUCGUUAGUAAAGGAUGUAGUGCAGAAUAACAAAAAAAAGUCACAAGGAAAAAGGUGGACUUUAGCCAACAAAAUAUAUGCUUUGGCUAUAUUUAAACGGUCCCCUAAAGCAUACCGCUAUAUGCAAAAGCUGUUUACGCUACCAAGCACUAAAACGCUCCAAAGGAUUUUAAAAAAUAUACCAAUGGAGCCUGGUAUAAAUAAAAAUAUAAUUGAUAUGUUAGAGGCAAAAGCAUCAAGUAUGCCAAAGGAAAAUAAAUAUUGCUCGUUAAUAUUUGACGAGAUGGCGUUAAAGAAACGGAUAAUUUAUAACGAAAUUGCUGAUAAAGUGGAUGGCUACGUGGAUUAUGGAGAGGGCGAGAACAUGGGACGAGAAAAGAAAAUUGCAGACCAUGCGUUAGUGUUUAUGAUACAGGGUGCUAAACAUAAAUACAAACAAUAUAUUGCGCACUAUUUUGUGGAAGGCACAAUAUCAACAGCAAAACUGGCAAAAAUUAUAUCGGACAUCAUCAAAAAAUUAAAAGAAAUCGGAUUUAUGGUUCUAACAACAGUUUGUGAUCAGGGAUCUACAAAUAUAGGAGCUCUUAACAUGUUAAAAAGAAACUGUGGACAAGGCAUAGAUAGCAACUUUUUCUCUGUAAAUAAUGACAAAAUUUUUAU